AUGGCCCUCAACGUAGGCCUGCCUCACAUACCCGACCUAGUGAUGUGCCAAAUUAUACGACUACUUCCCACCAAAGAUGUUGUCCGCAUGAGCUUUCUUUCAAAACAAUGGGAAGAUGUACUCUCUUCAGUUCCCGUAUUAGAUUUCGACGAAUGUGGUGAGCGGCGCCCUCAUAACUUUGAUCCCGACAAUUAUCAACAACAACAACAACAACAACAUGUGAAGUUUAUCGACAAUAUCUUAACAAAGUACUUGGAACUCUAUGAGAAAGACAAGCACAAAGAGUCGUUGGAGAAAUUCAGGCUUCGCAUGAUGUACUCAUCCUCAGACACUGCCAUUGUAGAUAAGUUGUUGAAUAAUUCCUUUGACAGAGGCGUCAAAGAGUUGGAGAUCAGCCUUAGAGUUAGUAAAUCAAAUUGGAAUCGGGCUCAUGCGGCUAGCUACCAUUGCUUCUGUUUAUCUCCCACAACCCUAGCUAAUGCAAAAUCUUUGACCACCCUAAAGUUGGAGUACAUGAGAAUAAAGGAGAGCCUUAAAUGUGAUGAGAUGAAAUUGCCCGAAUCUGAUACUCCCCUUCUCCCCUCUCUCAAAAUUAUGUCCUUCAAAAACGUGCACUUUAACUUUCUCUACUCCUUGAUUAGAGAGUGCCCUUCCAUAGAGCAUUUGUCUUUGAUCUCAUGUUCUUUCGACAAAGCCAUAGUUUUCGUGUCAACCUCCAGUCUAAAAUCCUUGGAAGCGAAGUACUGUAAGGCUGGGUUUCUCCAUGUUCAAGAUGAUGCUAAAACUCUUGAAUCUCUCACAUUUGUAUCAACAAGGAUGAGAUGUAUAAUGUUGGGUAACACCCAUAACUUGAGACAUAUUAACAUACAUUCUCGACAGCUGAAAGUCCAAAAUUUUUAUGAGAGCUCCAUGUUUAUCACUCGCUAUGAUCGUCCUUAG